GGAGCGUCACAAUAUAUCCUUUCAGAGCUCUGCUACUGGCUCCUAUUUAUUUUUCAACAAUACACUUUUGCGUAGGAGGCAUCUUGAUUAUACAUACAUACGUGCGCUUGCGAUGGUGCCAUUACUACCGCAAACCCUACUCUUUCUCCUCCUCCUCCUCCUCCAAUCCCUCACAACCCCCGCCUCCGCUCUCCCGAGGAAAGCUCGAACCAACGUUGGCGGCGGGUCAAGAGGAGCGGCUCCUACUAGCCGAACCACAGCGUACACUUCCCCUUCCUAUAUACCCUCCUUCUCCCUCAUUCUUCCCACUAACGAUCCCCCAGAAAAGUGAAGUCCCCGGGGGUAAUUGCAGGGAUAGCCCUCGGUUCGGCCGCGCUCGUCGUAAUCCUCCUGGCUGUGUUCAUCUGGCGACGAAAGGUCUGGCAGGACCGGGAAGAUCUGGAGCGGGAGGAGAGAAGGAGCACCCCGGAUGAUACGGCAUCACCGAUGGUGGUGGUGGCGGGAAGGGGUGGAUCGUUGGAGGAUGAGGAGGAGCGGGGGUUUGUGCAGAAGGAGAGUGUGGGGAGGGCGAUUUAGGAGGCGCACUAUGAGCAGAUGGGGUGGGGUGAUAGGUUUGGUUACAUUUGGUCCAUGAAUACAGGAGAUGGUAUGAUAUGA